AUGGUUAGUAGAUGGGAGAUCGAGAAAUUUUCUGGAAACGACGACUUCGGGUUGUGGAAAAUUAAGAUGCAAGUAAUUUUAAUUCAAGAGAUGUGUAUUGAUGCUUUGAAGAAUGAAGCAUUUAUGCUUGCAAGGCUUACACAGGUACAAAACACCGAGAUGUUGGAUAAGUCUUUGGCUCACAGGUUGUAUCUGAAACAACAACUCUAUUCAUUCCGAAUGGGGGAGAAAAAAUCCAUAAUUGAGCAACUUAUGGAAUUUCACAAGAUUAUCGAUGAUCUUAAGAAUAUUGAAAUGAAUAUUGAUGAUGAGGACAACGCUUUGCUCCUAUUGAGUUCAUUACCUAGAUCCUUUGAGCACUUUAAGGAUGCCCUUCUUUAUGGUAAUGAAGAUACUAUUAUUUUGGAUGAAGUCCAGACGGUGAUGAAAUCCAAAGAAUUUUCAAAGUUGAAAGAUUUGAAGAUUGAAGAUAGUGGUGAAGGCUUAAAUGUGUCAAGAGGAGGAGGUGAACGUAAAUGA